CUCCGCUCACGCGUCACGCUCCGUCGGGCUGGUCCCGGGCCCCGGGAGACUCUGGGGCUCGUGGGCGGGGCCGGGCACAGCCCUGCACGCCCGAGGCUGGGGUGCACGGAGCUCGGCAGGUAGAGAGCGUCCUGGAGCCGCCACGCUGGAGUUGGAGCUGGAGUUCCGUGAGGCCGGAGGGCAGCGGCUCCUCCGGGCCGAUCCGGGGCCAGAGAAUGAGUCCGAAGCUGUGGCCUCCGGGCGGAAAAGCCGUGCCGAGAACGUGCUGCGCUGGUUCACCACCGUGGUGCUGUGUGCCGCCUUCCUGGGGCUGGGACUGAGUGUUGCUAUACUGGGACCCACCUUUCCAGAUUUGGCAAGAAAUGUGAACCGGAACAUCAGCAGCCUGUCUUUCAUCUUUGUGGGCCGGGCCUCGGGAUACUUAGGAGGCUCUAUGAUCGGAGGAGUUCUUUUUGGGUGCAUUAAUCACUUUUUACUUUUGGGGGUGUCGCUUUCUGCUACCACAGUUGGUCUUUAUCUUACUCCGUUCUGCAGGACAGCGGUCUUGCUGGUUGUCAUGAUGUCUGUCUUCGGUAUUUCAAUGGGCAUUCUGGAUACAGGUGGGAACGUCCUCAUCUUGGAUCUUUGGGGAGACAAAGGAGCCCCACACAUGCAGGCCUUACACUUCAGUUUCGCCUUGGGUGCCUUCCUGGCUCCCCUGCUGGCUAAAUUGGCCUGGGGUACAACAGCGUCCACUCAGAACCACACAGAGUUCGACUUUGACCCUCUAAUGCUGAACCGAUCCUCUGAAGCCAGCCCAGACUCUCUGUUUGCAGUACCCGAGGACAUGAAUCUGCUGUGGACCUACGCUUCCAUCGGCACCUAUGUCCUAGUAGUUUCUGUCUUUCUGUUUGGUCUGUUUUGUAAGAAACGCUCAAAGCAGGAAAAAGCCACAAUAUCUGCCCAGGAAUCCCGAAGAGCGAAGUAUCACAGGGCCCUGCUCUGCCUCCUCUUCAUCUUCUUCUUCUUUUAUGUUGGAGCCGAGGUGACCUACGGCUCUUACGUAUUCUCAUUCGCCACCACCCAUGUUGGCAUGAAAGAAACUGAAGCAGCUGGCUUGAACUCCGUCUUCUGGGGGACCUUUGCAGCCUGCAGGGGCCUGGCCAUCUUCUUUGCAACAUUCUUACAGCCUGGAACCAUGAUUGUGUUGUGCAACAUUGGCAGCCUUGCUUCAUCUUUCUUUCUGGUGCUUUUUGACAAGAGCCCUCUCUGCCUCUGGAUCGCGACUGCUGUGUAUGGAGCCUCGAUGGCAGCCACAUUUCCCAGCGGCAUUUCCUGGAUCGAGCAGUACACCACCUUAACUGGGAAGUCUGCAGCAUUCUUUGUCAUUGGUGCUGCUCUGGGGGAAAUGGCGAUUCCUGCAGUCAUUGGAAUUCUUCAGGGACUCUACCCAGGCCUGCCAGUGGUUCUGUACACGGGUCUGGGGUCAGCCAUCUUCACUGGAGUUCUUUUUCCUGUGAUGUAUAAAUUAGCCACCUUACCCCUGGAACGCCAGCGCCAAGGAAGGAAGAGUGAAGACCAGAGAGCUUUGCUUUCCAGCUCUGAGCUCAAUAACUGUGCCGAAGAGGAUGAAGAGGAAGAUGCAGAAAAAUGGAAUGAAAUGGAUUUUGAAGUGGUUGAAACGUGUGAGCCAGUGCGGGAGCCUCCAAGGGACCCAUCUAGAGAUGUCCUGAUGGAGCCCACCCCUGAGGCUUCCGAUCGGUACCUCUCAGAUGGGUACUUUUCAGUCAACAGCAGCAGUUCUCUUGUGCGUCACCAGGACAAGAGGGACUGACAGUCAUAGAUGACUUACUGAACGGCUUCAUCGCAUAACAGCCACUCCUGAGGGCACCGCUCAGAGCAGGGCUUUGAUGGGCUUUCAGCGUGCUUUGGCAAUGGAAGUUUGUGUGCGUUCACAGCAAGCACUGGAACGAUUUGAAGUGCUUGCCGUAGGCGCCUCAAGAGUCCUGGGUACACCAUGGCUCUUGCCAGGAGACCGUUUCCUGGCCUCCACCACUCAGAAGGCACUUCCGUGUGUAGAGCCAGAUAGCUCACCAGUAGUUACACGGUAGGACAGUGGAGCUACUGGGCUGAGCAAACGGUCAUAGUUUGUAUUCUGUGGGGGCUUGUGGAGAACGGUCACAUGAAAGAGCCGACUUCGGAAACAGAGAUCUCAUUUUACCCGCUGUGUAGGGUUGAGCUGAAAAAGUACUGCUGACCAACUAUUUCUGUGAGAACACAGCAGGCCAUGGUUUCUAGAUCAAUAUCUAGCUUCCUCCCUGACUUCAUGUUGAGCUUUGACACAAGUCUGGCUUAUUUGGUCUCCUGUGAGUCUAGAAAUGCAAAGGAGAUUAUUUUCAAAUUUUAGGGUUUGGGUUUACUUUGUUUCUUGAGUCUUACUUUAUAGUCCAGGCCAGCCUGGAUUUUAUUAAUUAGCCCAGGUCUCUACCUCCUGAAUUUUGUCCUAGAGGCGUGGAUCACCAUGCACAGUGAAAUGUGUAAGUUUUAAAGGUGUGUAAUAUUUUUGCUAAAGUAGCCCGUUCAUUUCAGGCGUAAGGUGAAACAGCAAGGCUGGUCAGCCCUCUGAACGCUGCGGCUUGUGGAGCCGCAGUUUAGCAAGCCGUUUGGUAGCGCUGCCGCAUCCACCGAUUGCCAACACGCCCCUUUCCCUCAGACCGAAGGACCGUCACUUAAGAAUUCUAGUAAAUUCUGUUCUUGUUUCCCAUGCACUUAUAAACAUUUUUUCCCCAAUCACGGUGUCAUGUUCCAUCACUGCAUUUCAGAGAUUAUGGUAUUUUUGCUGACACUAUAAAGAGAGAGGUUAUUUUUAUAUAUGAAUCUAUAUCAUGUUCAGAGAGGAUCUGGAGACAUUCUUUUGAUUUUAUGUAAUUAUUUUUUUUCUUUUAGCUUUUACUUUUUUCCCCAGUGUGGGUGACUGAAUGAACACAGGGCCUUGCCCUUGCUGAGCAAGUGCUCCACCACUGAGCUAAUUUCCCAGUGUCUUUGGUUCAAUUAUAGAAGCUAUUUUGGAGUUACUACAUUAGCAGAAGUGGUGUGAAUGAGUCCUUUGGUGCCCAUAGCCUCCCUCAGUAACAGAGCCUAGGGCUGGGCCUGACUGUUUUAGGAUUUGACUCCCACUAGGUUGUGGUAUUAAUCACAUUUGUACUGUAAACCAGGCUAAAAGUUUAGUUUACAAAUGAGUUACUAUCUUCUUUGGUGACUGGAGAUCCUGAUCCCCCCCCACCCCCCAGGACUACUCCUGGGGUUUGAAGUACCUGGAAACCAAAAUAGAGAUGAGAAGAUAGUGUGUGUGGCCUAGGGAGUCAGGGAUGAGGACAGAACGGGCCAUCCUUUGGUAAAUGGCUUAUACUUCUCAGGUUUUAUGCGGAGUGACAAUGAAUAGCUGUCUGGCUGCAAUGUGUUUGCUAUCUCUUACCAGAUUUUAAGAACUUGCUUUUCUUUAAAAAAAAAAAAAAGUGCUUUGUUUUUUAUUAAGUGAAAUGUAACACCUUCUUUUAAAAAAAGAU